GGACGGCGGCACGGAGAGGACAAUCCUCCUCAGAGCGCGCUAAUCCUCUGACGCUGGCGGCUCUCUAGGGAAUCUGACAGUCAGGAAUCAGGAUGCCGCUAGCCGCCUCAGCUGAGAAAGCCAAGGUGAAAGCAGAAAAUGCUCCAGCCAAUAAUUCGGCGAUGGCCUCUGGGGAUUUUGCGGCGGAACUAACAUGCCUCUUGUGCAAUGAGCUCUUCAAGGAUCCAGUCAUGGUUGACUGUGGCCACAACUUCUGCCGCGACUGCAUCGACGAGGCCUGGGAAGGUCAGGAUUCCUUUACUUGCCCUGACUGCAAGGAUGUCAUAACUGAGAAGUACACCACCAACCGAGCCAUAGCUAACCUGGUGAAGAAGACUGUUGGUGCCCCCACUGUUGUGACCCCGGCAAAGCCUGUAGAGAAGGUCAAGCCUGCGGAGAACUGCCCUGAACACAAUGAGAGGCUGAAGCUGUACUGUAAAGACGACGGGACUCGGAGCUGUGUCAUCUGCCCGUACUCUCUGAAACACGCGAGUCACCAUUUCCUGCCCAUCCAGGACGCAGUGGAGGUGCACAGGAUUCAAUCUUUUUUACUUUCUGACUGUAAGGAUGUCAUAACUGAGAAGUACACCACCAACCGAGCCAUAGCUAACCUGGUGAAGAAGACUGUUGGUGCCCCCACUGUUGUGACCCUGGCAAAGCCUGUAGAGAAGGUCAAGCCUGCGGAGAACUGCCCUUUGCACUAUGAGAGGCUGAAGCUGUACUGUAAGGACGACGAGACUCUGAGCUGCGUCAUCUGCCGGGACUCUCUAAUACAUGCAAGUCACAAUUUCCUGCCCAUUCUGGACGCAGUGGAUGUGUACAAGACGGAGCUGUCUGCCAUAGUGGCUCCACUAGAAGAAGUCUUGAAGGUGACUGAACAGUUGGCCAAUCAGCAGAGUGAGAAGGUUAAACAGCACAGAACGAAUGUGUCUGACUACAAGCAGCACAUUGUGUCGGAGUUUGAGAAGCUACACUCUUUCCUGAAGCAACGCAAGGAGAAACGCCUGGAACAGCUUAAUGAGCAAGGGGACAGUCUGCUGAAAGAAAUGGAGUCCAACAUGGUCAAGAUGCAGAAGAACAGACGCAUCAUUAAGCAGACCAUAUCUAUGGCCAACGAGAGGGUGAACGAUAAGGACUCCAUCUCUUUCCUCACUGACAUCAAAGCAUUCAUGGAGAAGUGCCAGGAGCAGCAGAGAGAGGCCAUUUCCUCCAGGAAUAGCCUUCUGUCCAAGGAUCUGUGCCAGGGAACUUUCAAGGGGCCCAUUCAGUAUACCGUGUGGAAGCAGAUGAAGUCUUAUGUCGUUCCAUAUCUGUCUCCAGUGUUGUUGGACCCCAGCACAGCGCACCCACACUUGCUACUGUCUGAUGGGCUGACCAGUGUUAAAUAUGUGGACUCCAGCCUCCACCUCCCUGACAAUCCCAAACGUUUCAGCCAUUGCUUCCUUGUUUUGGGAUCUGAGGGUUUCAGUUCAGGCCGCCAUUACUGGGAGGUAGAUGUGGGAGAUAAAACCGCUUGGGAUAUCGGCAUGGCCAGCGAGUCCUGCAACCGUAAGGGUAAGAUCAAGCUGAACCCCAAUAAUGGGUACUGGGCCAUUUGGCUGAGGAAUGGUAAUGUGUACAAGGCCACCGAGCAUUCUUCCAAGACCCUCGUCCUAAAUGCCAUACCUAAAAAAAUCGGCAUCUACUUAGAUUAUGAAGGUGGUCAGAUAUCGUUCUACAAUGCGGAUGACAUGUCUGCCAUCUACACAUUCAAUGCGACCUUCACUGAGAAGCUGUACCCCUACCUGUCUCCAUUCCUGCACGAUUCCGGACGUAAUGCAGAGGCCCUCCGUCUUGUACAUAAUUAAGCUCUUUAGAUGGUUACAUGGAGUAGGAAAUGAGUCAUUCACAUUCCGUCAGGCAAGUUAGCUUUUAGUAUCUGUUCUUGUUCAUUGGCUGGCUGAAGCUAUUUGUUUUACAUUACCCUUAUAGUGUAUUUUGUUAAUUAUGGUUUUCUCCAAGAUAUGUGAAUAUAUCUUGCAGUUCUGACCUGUUGUGUAUUUAGGUUUUUGAAUUUCUGGACUUGCUUUAUGUUCAGUUUUGAAAAUAAAAUCUACUUCAUGAUCUGG